GCCUAUCCGGGGCCACCCUUUCCCCAGCCAAUGAGAAGGCUCCCUUGGAAGCUCUCUUUCCGCAUCCCUCCCCGUUGUUACCGGAUGUGUGAUGUGGCUCGAGGCGGUGCGUAACUAUGUCUGCAAUUUUCAAUUUUCAGAGUCUGCUGACAGUAAUCUUGCUGCUUAUAUGUACCUGUGCAUAUGUAAGAUCUUUGGCUCCUAAACUACUGGAUAACAAUCAAACUGGAUUAUUGGGCAUAUUUUGGAAAUGUGCCAGGAUUGGUGAGCGGAAGAGCCCUUAUGUAGCUGUGUGCUGUAUAGCUAUGGCCUUCAGUAUUCUCUUUGUACAGUAACAAUUGGGAAAUGUCAGGAAUAUAUUUGUCAAACUGCAGUGGAAUAAAAGACUCUGGAAGACACAAACGCUGAAAAACAUGUUCUACACCUCCGUUUCUUAGUACAUAAUGGACAAGAGAAGCUUUUGACAAUUUUUUUCCAUAUUUGUGUUAGUAAAGCAAUGGUGUGUUAAAUUAUAUAAAUGCAGUUAUUAAUGAACACUCAUUCUACAGAGUUCUUUCAUGUGAACUCUGUUCUAAUUUCAGUUGAGGUAUUUUAAGACAGACAACUAAAAACCUAAUUAAUAUUCCCUUUGGGGAGUUGAUUUGAUAGUAAAUACCAACUGUUUUUGGAAUUUUUAUUUAUAAUGUUCUUACAAAAAUCAUUUUUAAAAUAAGGACAAACAUGUUAAAUAAAUUUUAAAGCAUAGGUAAAACAUAAAGUAAAACCCAAUCAAUAUCAGUGUACCAUUACAAAAAAUAUAUAUAGAAUAACUUUGUGAAAAGACAAAAACAGAUUAGAGAUAGAAAAUUUUGAAUUAGGAUCUCUUAUGAAAUGUCUAACAUGAAGAUCGUUCUAGAUUUUACAAGUCAAAAAAUCAAAGACUUAAGUCUUAAGACUUAAGUCUUUGAUAGGAAUAAAAUAACUACAAUACCAGAAUAUGAUUGUACAAAUAAUUGAACCUGUUCAUUAUACAUUUAUCAAGCAAAUGCUUCUAAGUGUUAAGGUCAACCCUUUUUUUGUUUAAAUAGCAUCUUUUAAUAAAUGGUUUACAUAAUGAUGUGCAGUGAUGAUCUCUUCAGACUGUUGUAUUCUGAAGUUUAUCUGAAUGCAUAAGAUAAGUAUUUAUAUUUCAUCCAUUAGGGGUUGAAGUAAAAUUCCAGAUUCUCCCAGAAGCUCUUCUGAAAUUUAGCCUUUAAAUUGUUUGACCAAUAGUUUCCCACUAGUAUGUUCACUACUACAUAUGCAGAAACUCCAACAGUUUUGAUGAACAUUGUCAACUGAAAAUUCCUAAUGUGGGCUUCUGGUUAGCUGUGUAUUCGUAUUACUGUUACUACAUCUUACUAACCAAUUUCCUGAAUUCCCUCAAAUGUAUUUUUGUACCUACUAAUUUUUGCAAAUUAUUUAUUAGUCUACUUGCAAGAACUUUGUUUGUAAAAUGAGUCAUAUUUUUUUCAGAACUCAUCUAUGUAAAUAAAAAAUGAGCAAGUGUAGUAUAGCACUUCAGCAGCUAUUGCUAAAUCCUGAUUUGGAAGAUAGCACAAUCUGGCAUAUUUUCUGGAGAAUGUUUGGCACAUGGAAGUCUUCACAUAUUUACGAUAAUUUAUAAAACUAGGAGAAGACAUCAAGAGCCAUUGGAUUCCUAUUCUUUGCUAAUUUUGUGGUGUGUGGUAUAAUCCUACAUUUAGCAUUUUUAGACCAAGAAUGCAAAGAACUUACAACAUGUAUAUUUCAAUGUGUGGUGUUUGUCUCUUUAAGCUCUAAUCACAAGAGACUAGCCAUGACCAUUUCUGAAAUCUGUUUAUAGUAUUUCAUCUUGAUCACUGGUAACAAUCAAGCUUUCCAAUUCUAUCAUAUGUAUCUAUCCAAAAUGUUCAAAGCUUUGUUUCUGGCAGUUCUUUUAAGAGAGUUGCAGUUCCAUAGCUGCAAUUGAACUUCAACAUAAAACACUGAGAAAUUAAAUAAAAUGUUAUUAUCCUUUGUU